AUGGGAAGUCGUUUUCACCAACCGGUCACGACAGACCAUCAGCAUCUCGCCGGCGGUACCCACCUGGGUAUGAGGAGAGACAUAGAUAAUAAUCCUUACAGUUCAUCAUUUGAUGAAGAUACUGAUGAAGAAAUAUUUGAUAAGCCUCUUCAUCCAUAUGAUGCUUUCCCUGGUGAUCCGCCUGUGCAGCUGCAGCUGCGCCCCGCACUAGUAGCAGAGGAAGCCGGCCCCAGGGUAUACUACGCCUCACCGUUGGGGGGCAACAGUAAUAGGAAUAACUUCAGUGCGGCCUCUUCUCUUCAUGUAGGAACUCGCGAAGCAUCUCACCAAACGAGUUCCAGCUUGAAUAGACUCACUGAUAUACAGACGCGUGGAAGAGGAGCCGCCGUCAUGGUUGGAGGGGCGGGGGGGGAGAGGAGAGCUGCUGAUGACGAUAGUAAUAAAGAUCCUGGUAAAUCUUGCCUUGACGAAGAAGUUCAUCGUGAUGAAGAUGUUUGUUCUUCUCCAGAAAGGGAAACACAAGAUCCAGCGACUCCACCUUUCAUUACUGUAGAUAUGGGAGGGGGGGGUGGAGGAGGGGGAGAGAAGAAACCCCAUAAACUAGUAGAACAACAGCAGCAGCUCCUUCAACCUAGAGAUUUUGUAGAAAACACACAAUUCGAAUAUAAUACAAUAAAUAAAAAUAAAUCAACAAAAAUAUAUAAUGAACAUAAUCAAACAGAAACUGCACAAAUUGCAGAAGAAGCUUUUUCAAAGGUGAAAUUCUGGAGAGAAAUUUUUUCUGCAUUGACAGGAAUGCACGGGGUGUACGUACUGGCGAACUUUGCAUUCGACAAUCCUGCCGGUGGAAUAUGUUCACUUUUUUGUUUCUUGUGUUCUGCAUUUGCACAAGUUGAUCGCAGAGCUCCUUCAUAUUUUUUAACAGCUUUGCUUUCUUUUUGUUUCGGAGUUGUUGUUACGGUUUCCCUAGGAACACCUGUUCGUGGUUUCGAAGCUUUUUCUACUAACCUGCUAUUGCGGCGUAUUUGCAUCACACAAGCUUGCCUGCUUCUUCUUGCAACUCCUGUCGCCAUAUUCCUCGCUCUUCGCAUCAUUGAACUCCACAGCUUUCUCCGUGAGCCUGGCGUCUUAAUUCCUAUAGAUUGCACAGAAGAAACGACGGAACACGAAUGCAAAGAUGAACAAGAUGAAGAAGCAUCAGAAGAAGGCUCAGAACAACAUCUAGACAAUGAUCAGCAUUUCUCCAAAGGUAUCAUCAAUGCUUGUGAAAGCCAAGAAGAUGAAGAACAUACAAAUACAGAACGCUGCCCUUCAGUAUGUGAGGGUAACGAAGCAACCACCACAUAA